AUGGAGUUUAAUCCAGAUGAUGCCAUCGACACCUGGCUGGCUGGAUCUGUGAUGGAAAGAAGAACAACAUACAGACGCAAGGAAAAGAAGGUGACUCUAGAAUCACAACAAUCUGUUGUCAUUCAGUCUGAGUUUGAUACUGAAGAUGUCCAACAAAGAUCAGGGUCACAAGAUCCUCAACCUCAGUGUCGGAGACCUAGAAAAAUCUUAACAAAUAGAGAAAAACGUGUUUCUGCUGUUUUAGAGAAACUCAUCUAUGUGAUCAAGAGCCCUCAUGCUAGAGAUCCAGGUUCCUGUCUGGACAAUGGGCAGGAAUUUGCAUGUGGUCAAAAUAUAGAACAAUCUUCCGGAGUAUAUUUGCAUGAGGGCGGUGUGGCCGGAGUAUCAAGACCGAUGUACAAUGGCUUAAAAGAUGCAUUCCUACAGAUCAUUCGUAAAGAUGGGGUCACUGGAAUGUAUAGAGGAGUGGUACCAAAUGUUUGGGGAGCUGGAACGUCCUGGGGGCUCUACUUCUUUUUUUACAACAGCAUUAAGACUUGGAUGCAGGAUGGUGACACUCAAGUGAACCUUGGUCCAGCUAAACAUAUGCUGGCUGCAUCUGAAGCAGGUUUCAUGACACUGACCCUCACAAAUCCAAUCUGGGUUGUCAAGACGAGGAUAUGUCUUCAGUACGAUCAGCAGGUACCAUCCAGUAAAAACUAUAAGGGCAUGGCUGAUGCUCUGGUCAGAAUAUUUCAGAUGGAGGGAUUCCGGGGUCUUUAUAGGGGUUUCUUGCCUGGAGUUUUUGGAAUAUCACAUGGUGCUGUACAAUUUAUGGCUUACGAGGAAAUGAAAUCCCGCUACAAUAUCUACCAAGGUUAUAAUGCUGAUUACCGUUUGAAAUCACUGGAAUAUAUCGUGUUUGCGGCGUUAUCAAAAAUUAUAGCUGCCAGUACAACAUAUCCUUACCAAGUGAUACGAUCAAGACUCCAAGACCAGCAUAGAGAUUACGGUGGAAUCCUUGAUAUCAUCAGUCAGAUCUUUCGGUAUGAGGGAUUUCAAGGCUAUUACAAGGGUUUUGGAAUCUACCUCUUACAUGUGACGCCGAACAUAUGUAUUGUGUUUCUCCUCUACGAAUAUGUGACAGCCUGGAAUAAAAACAGACAUUUGAAUGAUGCAGACCAGAAGGAAAAAUGGAGUUGAUGAACACCUACAUCCGAGUUUUCAGGAUGUUCAAAGUGAAUGUCCACGAACAGAGGAAUUUCCAUGAAUCUGGUUUAAAGUGAGUUUGAUCCAUACUGGGGAGUUUGGAAGACCACAAAUGGUUCAAAUUAAACUGCAGGAAAAUGAAGAGUGAAAGAUCUGAACAUUAUUGAAGACCACUGAUGUGACGAGUUUCAAGAAUUCAGGAUUUCUGAAUGAGGCCAGCAUUUAACACAUCUUUUCUUAACAUAACAUGGAAAUGAACUAGACAAUUUGAAAGUGAUAUAUGUUUUACAGGCAUGAAUGAUUUGUGCAAAUGCUGGAGUAAACAAAUUAUUUUGUGCAAGAAAUACAAAGCUGUGAUAAAAUGAGUGAAAUUUUUUUGAAAUAAUUCUAGAGAGCGAUAUCAUUUUUGGAUGUUUUUCACACUUGGCCUAAAGAGUAAGGGUUGAAGGUCCUAGUUAGUUUAAGCUAUAGCAUGAUGCCCAUCAUCCAAUUGUUGUCAACUUUUCCCCUUUAAACAGCUUCUUUUCAAUAACCAAAAGGCCUAGAAUUGUGAUAUUUGGCUGGAAGGUUUCUGAGAGUUUUAUAAAAAGAAAUAAGCUUGAACAAUAUUCAAGGUCACAGGGGUCAAAUUUGUUGAAACCAUCUCUUCUCAUUAAUUAGGACAAGUACCAGCAAGGGGAGCAAUGCAGGCCCAUUACGCCUCUUGUUAAAAUUGUUGUAUUUUGUUUCAGAUAUUGAUUUGAAUUUUUUCUUAUUUUUUGAGACUUGGUUAGCAUUGACAAUCUUCCAUU